AUGUCCAUCAUCGACAUCAAGACCAAGGCCCAGUUCGACGAGCUCGUCCAAAAGACGCCCUACGUCGCUCUGCAGGCCCACGCCGUCUGGUGCGGCCCCUGCAAGGCCAUCUCGCCCUUUUUCAACAAGUUCGCCACCUCGCUCAGCCUCCCCGAAAAGUACACCUUUGCGCGCUUCGACACCGACGAGGUGCCCGACCUGGCCUUUGAGCUUGGCGUCCGCUCCAUCCCCGCCUUCUUCUUCUUCGAAAAGGGCGACAAGACGAGCGACCUGACGGCGCCCAAGCCCCCCGCGCUGCAGAAAACUCUUGAGGACCUCUCGACCAAGGCCAAAGCGGGCGAUGCUUUCUCGACGAGCGAAGAGUUCUAA